CUUUAAGUUUAAAAAUGGGAUUUCAGACAAAACCUAUUCUUAUUGAUGGCAAAAACCAUUUGCUUGGACGUUUGGCUGCUAUUGUAGCAAAGCAAUUGUUGCUUGGCCAGAAGAUUGUGAUUGUUCGUUGUGAGGCUAUCAACAUUUCUGGAAACUUUCAUCGUUCAAAACUCAAAUUUUUGGCUUUCUUGCGUAAACGUUGUAAUGUGAAGCCAUCUCGUGGUCCUUUCCACUAUAGAGCGCCUUCUAGAAUCUUUUGGCGAACGGUUCGUGGAAUGUUGCCCCACAAGACAGCUCGAGGAAUGGAAGCUCUCAAGAAGCUCAAGUGCUUUGAUGGUUGUCCUCAUCCUUAUGACAAGAGAAAGAAGUUUGUUCUUCCAAAUUCUUUGCGUCAUAUUGCUUUGAAGCCACGCCGGAAAUAUUGCACAGUUGGACGUUUGGCACAUGAAGUUGGCUGGCAAUAUCAAGGAAUAGUUGCAAAACUUGAAGAAAAACGCAAGGUUAAAGGGACUGCUUAUUACACUAAAAAGAAGGCUGAAAUGAAAUUGAAGAGACAGGCAACUGAGAAGGCAAAGCCGAAGACUGCUGUUUACGACAAAGUUUUGGAACAAUAUGGAUAUGCUUAA